UUCCCGGUGCCCACAAGUCCGGUUCGCAUUGCAACAUCAAGUUACCGCAGCUGGCUAUUCCGGCUCGCAAUUCGAAAUUCAGCUUGAACCACAUUAAUUGGACAUUCUCCGAAUCUUCUAAUAUCCUAUCUCCUGCCACCUGUAACUGAGAUCAGGCGCCACAGCUCGACCUCAGACGCGUUCAGUCUGCAAUCCGACGUUGUGCUUCAUACAUGGUCCUUCUUGGUCGAUCCCGCGGUGGCGAAUAACCACCGGAUGGCGUGGAUGUCGGGAGUAGGGCAUCGGUCAACGACAACUUACAGAAAGGAGCAGAUCGCCAUGACUGGGACGAUUUCCGGUCGACCAAAGUCCUGCGAUUAAAUGGUCUUCUUUUAGCUAAUCGAGAAUCGCUGGUUCGCGUCGACCAUCUUUUUUCAUUGAACACCUCAAUAUCUUUCGCCUGAAUCCACCCAGGGUGGAGUUGUACUGUUCACGGUCCAACAUGAUAAGAGGAAGAAUUAAGGCAUGAAGAGAGCUUGAACUUGUCGGUCGAAUACUAUUGACAGCUCAGGUCUUGCUUACUGCGCGAACUUUAUAACUCAGGACUUGUCGUCACAGAAUGGCGCCGCCCAGUAUUCCGUCAGCGAAGUGCUCGCUGGCCCCCGAUGAUCUUUAUCAGACAUAUUAUGAUCAUCACUUCCAUCCCCACGACAAUAUAAGACCCAGAAAUAAAGGAAUCGAUAACUUAUCUUUCUCUUUCUUUCUCGACGAUGGUCUACAUAUCUUCUUACCUACUUCUUGUUGCCGCUUUCUUUAUCGGUAUUCACCUCACCAGGUCCCUUCUCCAUUACUUCUCCGUAAAACGAUCUCUUCGAUCCAUCCCUGGCCCGAAUCCUUCCUCGAUAUUGUGGGGUGAGGAGUGGGCUCUGUACCACACGGCGCCUGGCUCACAAUACGUGAAAUGGCAUAGGGAAUAUGGAAAGAUUGUCAAAUUCAGGGGAGCUCUUGGGCAUCAAGCGCUGUCAAUCAUAGACCCUCGCGCUAUCACGUACAUCUUGGGGGAGGGUGCCUACAACUUUCCAAAGCCUGACGGUGUCAGGGCUUGGUUCAAGGCUACCCUUGGUGAAGGGAUUCUUUGGACUGAAGGAAAGGAACUACACGAAAGACAGCGACGGUUAUUAGCACCCGCCAUGAGUAAACAAUCGGUCCGAAAUCUGACUCCACUAUUCUACGAGACUUCCUCAAGAAUGGCCGCGUCAUGGUGCAAGCUAGUCGAAAAUAGUAACACGGAUCAAGCAGAGGUCGAAAUUACUUCUUGGGCUGGUCGUUUUGCAUUGGACACUAUCAUCAUUGCUGCGUUCUCCUGCGACUUUGGUUUUCUUUCUGGACACCAUCAAUCGCUUUUGGCAGCCAUUGAUGGUCUUACGAAUAACGAGAACAAGUUAUCAUCGUUCUACAUGCGAGCUUUAUUCUGGGUGUUUCCGGACAUCAUUUCCAUAGGCACGAAGGGGGAGAUGAUCCGGCUAACUAAACACGAACUGGGGAAAAUCGCGUCCACUAUGUGGAGGGAUGCCAAGAUCGCGGGUGAUAUCGAUAGAAAAGAUUUGAUGUCGUUGAUGCUUAGAGCUAUUUCUGACUCGGGGGACAACAUCAGCGAGGAGGAAACAGUUGCACAAAUGCGGACCGUAAUCUCAGCGGGGUACGAAACAAUAUCUGCAUUAAUUGCAUGGGUCCUCUACGAGCUUGCUAUCCACUCGGAGAUCCAAACUCACCUAAGGAAAGAGAUAGUGACAUCGGGAAAGAGUGAAUUGUCAAUGGAUGAGUUAAACUGCCUUCCGUUUCUUGAUGGGGUCAUCAAGGAGACUCUUCGUCUACACCCGCCCAUAAUUGAAAAUCAUCAUCAGGCAGCAGAAACGAUCAACCUGCCGAUAUCCGAACCCCUUACAGGGUCAACCGAACCUCAAAUUAUCAUCCCAAAAGGCACAAUAAUAGCAAUACCCGUCAACGUCAUUCAGACAGACCCAUCGGUAUACGGGGAUGACGCCCAUCUAUUCAGACCAGAACGUUGGUUAGAAAGGCAGAAAGAAGGUAUUCGACAUGGGCGAGAGAUUUUUGCCUUCUCGGAAGGGCCGCGCGCGUGUAUCGGUAAGACGUUUGCAUUGACCGAGCUCAAGGUACUAGUCACAACAUUGUUGCGUCAAUUUCAAUUUUCUCUUUCCUGCACCCACGACAUAGAGGCCUUUCAAAGUUUUGUGAUCCGGCCGCGUGUUAGAGGGGAAGGACCCAGUUCUCUGCCUCUAGUGAUACAAAAAAUUUAGCACAAAUUGCACAGUAGAACUUGAAUCGAACAAAAAUAUCUAAAUCGUCGCUUGCAAUUAUGACGGUUCCCGAUUUA